CGGGAAGGUCGGGUUCUCUUCGACAUUUUAAUUUUCGUUCGCAUUUUCCGUAUCGGCCGAGUGGAAAUUCGUAGAGAUGUUGAUGUCGGAUAGGCCAGCUAAUUGAUCGGUAUUACACGAAUAACACGAAAAUGUGGGCACCCGGUGUUUACGCCACUGUCACGGUGCUUGUUGUUACUGGACAAGUUUUCUCAACCGCACAUCGUACUGGACGUGAUCCACCAGAAAUCAAAGUCAAACCCAGAAAUUUGCAAGUGCGAGCCGGCGGCAUAGCUGCCUUUUACUGUGCGGCACAGGGCGAUCCUACGCCCGUUAUACAAUGGAAGAAGAACGGCAAAAAAGUUUCAAGUUCCCAAACUCGUUACCAAGUGAAAGAGUUCCCCGACGGCGCGUCCCUGUUGAGGAUAGAGCCGGUGAAAGCGGGUAGAGACGAUGCGAAUUACGAAUGCGUCGCCGAGAACGGCGUCGGCGACGCCGUCAGCUCCGAGGCGACGCUCGUCGUAUUCGAAGCUGACAAACUUCCACCUGGCUUUCCGCAAAUCACCCAAUCGCCGACGAUGAACAAAGUCGUGGAAAUCGGCCACAAUACCGUCCUAAAAUGCGAGGCGACCGGUAAUCCACCGCCGAAAAUAACCUGGCUGAAAAAUAUGCUACCAAUCAAUAUCAGCAGCGGUCGGAUGAGGUAUUCCAUGAGGGACGACAUGCCAGGAGCACUUCAAAUCCUCUCGAGCGAAGAAAAGGAUCACGGCAAGUAUGAAUGCGUCGCCGAAAAUUCGAUUGGAACGGAUUAUUCCAAACAUUCCCUGCUCUACGUUAAAGUGCGGCGGGUCCCGCCUCAAUUUUCCAUACCGCCGCCCAACAUGAGCGAGGUGAAAUUAGGCGAUGAUUUAAACUUGACGUGCGUCGCCGUGGGUUCCCCGAUGCCUUUCGUCAAGUGGCGCAAGGGCCUCACGCAGGAAUUAACGCCCGAAGAUAAAUUACCCGUUGGAAAGAACACGCUGGAGCUCACCAACAUCCAGGAAUCGGCCAACUACACCUGCAUAGCCGCCAGUGCUCUGGGCGUCAUCGAGGCCUUGGCCCAAGUCAGGGUACAAUCAUUGCCGGGGCCCCCGAAGAACGUAAAAGUAUCAGAAAUAACGGCUACGUCUGUCAGAUUGACUUGGUCGUACAAUGGCCCCGAAGACAUACAGUAUUAUGUCAUACAAUUCAAGCCGAAGUACGCCAAUCAGGCUUACAGCGAAAUCAGCGGCAUCAUCACCAUGUACUAUUCGGUGACGAGUUUGAGCCCCUAUACCGAGUACGAAAUGUACGUGAUCGCUGUGAACAACAUAGGAAGGGGACCGACCAGUGCACCGGCCGUAGUCACUACAGGAGAAACAGAACCUGGGACGGCUCCUAGAAAUGUUCAAGUGCGACCAUUGAGCUCCAGUACAAUGGUAAUACAAUGGGAUGAGCCGGAGACACCUAACGGGCAAGUUACCGGUUAUAAAGUGUAUUACACAACAAACGCCCAGCAACCGAUGGCUCAAUGGGAAUCCCAAGUAGUCGAUAACAAUCAAUUGACAACAAUCAGUGAGUUGACACCUCACACUAUUUACACGAUACGAGUUCAGGCGUAUACUUCCGUGGGUCCUGGACCUCUGAGCGCCCCGGUUCACGUUAAAACUCAACAGGGUGUUCCGAGCCAACCGAGCAACCUUCGCACAUCAGAUAUAGGCGAAACUUCCGUGACCCUUCAAUGGACGAAGCCGAGUCAUUCCGGCGAAAAUAUAGUUAGUUAUGAGUUGUAUUGGAACGAUACAUACGCUAAAGAAAAGCACCACAGGCGCAUACCCAUAUCGGAGACUUACACCCUAACGGGUCUCUAUCCGAACACGUUGUAUUACGUGUGGCUGGCGGCCAGAUCGCAAAGGGGCGAAGGGGCCACCACUCCUCCGAUACCAGUUAGAACGAAGCAAUAUGUGCCCGGUGAUCCGCAAGAUGUUAAAGUUACUCCUAUUAACUCGACAACAAUUAAAGUUAAUUGGAAACCGCCACAAACAAGGGACAGGAACGGUAUUAUAUUAGGAUAUCACGUACACGUGCAAGAAACUAAAGAAGAGGGAAAGAGUUUCUUCAACGAACCGAUGAAAUUCGACGUAUUCGGCGACUCUCUUCUCGAACUCAACGUGACUGGCUUGCAACCGGACACCAUGUACUCCAUUCAAGUGGCGGCCCUUACCAGGAAAGGAGACGGCGACAGAAGCGCUCCAGUAAAUGUUAGAACACCCGGAGGUGUUCCUAAUCGACCAGCUUUGAACCUGAAAAUAAUUGAGCGUGAACCCACAAUUACGAUCGAAUUAGAGUGGUCUAGACCGUCUCAAACUUACGGAGAAUUGAAAGGUUAUCGAUUGAGAUACGGGGUUAAAGAACAACUAUUAAAAGAUGUUCCUCUUAAAGGAACGCACACUAGUUACCGAAUUAACGAUCUAGAUCGUGGUGUUGAUUACGAGUUCAGAGUGGCUGGACAAAAUCACAUAGGAAUAGGACAAGAGGCUAUAAAAUACUUGAAAACGCCCGAAGGUCGCCCCACAGGUCCACCUACCAAUAUAACUUACCACUUCCAAACGCCUGACGUUGUUUGUAUAUCCUGGAACCCACCGAGCAGAGAGCAUCGCAACGGACAGAUAAUAAAAUACGACAUAGAAUUCCAGAAAAAAUCCGAUCAAAAUAACAAGAUAAUGCGAAACGUUUCGAAUACGAAAGCAGUAUUCACCAACUUAGAAGAGAACACCGAGUAUGUGUUUCACGUUAAAGCCCACACGACUCCGGGCGCCGGCCCGAACAGUGAAAAGUACACAAUACAAACCGAAAGAGACAUCGGCAGGGCUCCUAUGUCAGUCAAAGCCGUAGCUACGUCCGAUUCCAGCGUGGAAGUUUGGUGGGAACCGGUUCCUUCCAGGAACAAAGUAAUAGGCUACAAAAUAUUUUACACGAUGACCGCGGUCGAAGACCUCGAUGAAUGGCAGCAGAAAACCGUGGGACUCACCGAAUCGGCCGAUUUGGUGAACCUCGAGAAAUACGCCCAGUAUGCCAUAGCCGUGGCGGCUAGAAUGAAAAACGGCCUCGGGCGAUUAUCUGAAAAGGAAUUAGUUAAAGUGAAACCGGAAGACGUACCUCUAAAUUUGAGAGCCCACGAAGUGACUACUCAUUCGAUGAACCUCUCGUGGACGCCGCCCAUCAGACUGAAUCCGAUAAAGUACAAAAUAUCCUUUGACGCGAUCAAAGAGUUCGUUGAUUCCCAAGGAAUUACGCAAACGCAGAAUAUACCUAAAGUGGAGAUAAAAUUAGACGCGGCCGUCAGAUCGCACUUGAUCAACGAAUUGUCGCCUUUUACGACUUACAGCGUUAACGUUAGCGCCAUACCGACCGAUAAUUCCUACAGACCUCCUACCAAGAUUACGGUCACCACGCAAAUGGCGGCUCCGCAACCGAUGGUUAAACCGGAUUUCUACGGCGUGGUCAACGGCGAAGAGAUCCACGUUAUCUUACCUCAAGCUUCGGAGGAGUACGGUCCUAUUAGCCAUUAUUACUUAGUAGUAGUACCCGAGAACAAAAUGACAAUCCACAAAAACCCUGACCAAUUUUUAACCGAAGAAUUAAGGGAAAACGUCGAUAAGAUUCCGGACAAUUCUGAUCUUCCAUACAUAGCAGCUAAAUUUCCUCAAAGGAAUAUACCCUAUACAUACCAUUUAGGCACAGGAGAAAGUAACGACGGUUACGUUAAUUACAAACUAGAACACGGUAAACGCUACAGGAUAUUCGUGAGAGCGGUGGUGGAUACGCCUCAAAAACACCUAUACACCAGCAGCCCGUUUUCGCAAUUUCUCUCGUUAGAUAUGAGAGAAGUGCCACCCGGUGAUCCCCCAAGGCGGCCGAAUCCCAACACCGACAUCAUCAACGACGUUAAAGUCAGCUCUCAAGAAACCGAAGCGGACGUAUUCAAGAUAAUCGGUCCCAUUAUAGCGGCUCUAGUAGUUUCCGUUGUCCUCGUUAUCAUCUUCAUCAUGCGAAAGCGAAGACAACCGUGCAAAACGCCCGAUCAAACAGCCGUGACGAGGCCGCUGAUCCAACCCGAUCUCAACGCCAGCAUCGCGCCCAGCGAUCCCGUUGAAAUGCGACGACUGAACUUCCAAACGCCCGCGAUGAUAUCCCAUCCUCCUAUACACAUUACUGAGCUGUCUAAUCACAUUGAAAGACUGAAAGCUAAUGAUAAUAUUAAAUUCGCUCAGGAAUACGAGAGUAUAGAGCCGGGACAAACCUUCACCUGGGAUCAUUCCAACAUGGAGGUGAACAAAUCGAAGAACCGCUACGCCAACGUCAUCGCCUACGACCACAGCAGGGUGAUACUGCCGUUGGAAAACGGGGUGUUGGGUACGGAUUACAUAAACGCGAAUUACUGCGACGGGUACAGGAAGCACAACGCCUACGUGGCCACGCAGGGCCCGCUGCCCGAGACGUUCGCCGACUUCUGGCGCAUGUGCUGGGAGCUCAGAUCCGCCGUUUUGGUCAUGAUGACCAAGCUCGAGGAGCGCACGCGGAUCAAAUGCGACCAGUACUGGCCCACGCGCGGCACCGAAACCUACGGCAGCAUGCACGUCACCACCACCGAGGUCCAGGAACUGGCUACCUACUCCAUUAGGUCUUUCCACAUACAGAAGGACGGCCAUCCGGAUCGAAGGGAGAUUAAACAGUUACAGUUCACCGCCUGGCCGGAUCACGGGGUGCCCGAUCAUCCGGCGCCGUUCCUGCAGUUUCUGAGACGAGUGCGCAGCUUGAAUCCGCCCGAAGCCGGACCUAUUAUCGUCCAUUGUUCAGCAGGAGUUGGUCGAACAGGUUGUUUCAUUGUGAUCGAUUCGAUGUUGGAGCGUCUACGCCACGAGAAAACCGUGGACAUCUACGGACACGUUACCUGCCUUCGAGCGCAGCGUAAUUACAUGGUGCAAACCGAAGAUCAAUACAUAUUCAUACACGAUUCGCUGUUCGAGGCGUACGUUUGCGGUCUGACGGAGGUGCCGGCCAGGAAUUUGCACUCGCAUAUCCAAAAACUGAUGCAACUGGAGCCGGGCGAGAACAUAUCGGGAAUGGAACACGAAUUCAAGAAAUUGAGCAACAUUAAGACUGACUCCACGCGCUUCGCGACCGCUAACUUGCCUUGCAACAAGCACAAAAACCGUUUGGUACAUAUCUUGCCGUUCGAGAGCACCCGGGUGUGUUUGACGCCUUUGAGGAACGUCGAGGGCUCGGAUUAUAUCAACGCUAGCUUCAUCGAUGGGUAUAGAUAUAGGAAGGCUUACAUUGCCACGCAAGGGCCCAUGGCCGAUACGACUGAUGAUUUGUGGAGGAUGCUGUGGGAGCACAAUUCCACUAUUAUCGUUAUGCUGACGAAGCUUAAAGAAAUGGGAAGGGAGAAAUGCCACCAGUAUUGGCCCAGCGAACGUUCGGUUCGUUAUCAAUGUUUCGUGGUUGAUCCGAUCGCAGAAUACAACAUGCCGCAGUACAUACUCAGAGAAUUCAAGGUGACCGACGCUAGAGACGGAUCGUCGCGGACGAUAAGGCAAUUCCAGUUCACCGAUUGGCCGGAACAAGGGGUUCCCAAAUCCGGCGACGGUUUCAUCGAUUUUAUCGGGCAGGUGCACAAAACCAAGGAGCAAUUCGGCCAAGACGGUCCUAUUACUGUACAUUGCAGCGCUGGUGUUGGCAGAACUGGAGUGUUUAUAACUCUGAGUAUCGUCCUUGAAAGAAUGCAAUACGAAGGCGUUGUAGAUGUUUUCCAGACGGCUAGAAUAUUGAGAACACAACGACCGGCUAUGGUACAAACGGAGGAUCAGUACCAGUUUUGCUAUCGCGCUGCAUUGGAGUACUUAGGAUCGUUUGAUCACUACACAAAUUAAUCAAUACUCAUUAAAUCGUGCGUAUGCAUAUUGCAUACUCUUACUGCCAAAUUGAUGAUGCGACACGGAACGAAACAUUUAGAGCUGUAUUUAAAGAAGCUGAUUAGCGGAUACAGAACGUAGAAUUAGCGUGCAAAUGUGUGUAAAAUAUGUGCCUAAUGUAUAUGUGGAAAAAGAAAUGUCAGAAUUUAUAUUUAUUUUGAUCACGAGAUGUUUAGCGCGUUCAUUGUAAUAAAAAUGUUGCUCGCAUGGAACUUUUCGUUUAUACAGGGUGUCUCAAAGUUGACGCACAUCUUUUCGGUUUAUGAAUAAAGAGAACAAAAUAAGCGUAAACGAAAGUAUAAAAAUUUUGCGUUUUCUCUUUGGUUUCUGAGUUAUUGAUAAAAACAAGCAUCUCAAAUUCAAUCUGGAAAUGUUAUUAAAAUGAAGUAAGCUUAAAUCGAAUGACUGACGUAGGUUACUAUGAUGAUUUUGAAAAUUUAUAAUUAGUUCUGUCAUUAUUAGUGCCUAUAGGUAUAAUGUCAUACGGUCAAUAUCCUCACUCAAUACCUUCACUUUGAACAUAUCAAUGAAUUCUCGAUUCGAUAUUAACGUUCCUUUUUUCAUUUUUAAUAACGUUUUCCGAUUGAAUAUUAGAUUUUUGUUUUUAUCAAUAACUCCGAAACCAAAGCCCAAACGCAAAAUUUGUAUUCUUUCGUUUACGCUUAUUUUGAUCUCCUUUUUCAUAAACCGAAAGAACGGGCAUCAAUUCUGAGACACUCUGUAUACUACAUGUGAUUAGGUACAAUUGAUGCAAUUCUUUCAUAUCGAAAAGGAUUGGAUUGUUCUAGAGGGUGCGGCAGAUUGAGUGAACGAACUUAAUUUAAAACGUUCCUCGUUAGGAUAUAAAAUAAUUGCUUAAUAGAAUUUAGAGAAGUGUGAUGCUUUAAUACUAAGGAUUAAAUAGUAAGUAAUAAAAUAUAAGCGUGUGCAAUGUGCUUCCCUUCCGUAGCAAAUACCAUUCGCACUUGUUUGACGCAAAGAGAAAUUUCCUCGUUUCGUUUCGAAUUGGAUACGGAUUUUAUCAAAGUUGCAUAAGACUGACUCGUUUAGAAACAAAUAACUCGUAGAAAUUUAAUCAUGUUAGAAGAUAUGUAAAUCAAACCACCGAAUUAUUAUACCAGAUGUAUUUGUAAAAAUAUAUUCGAAUCGUUUCGUGAAAAUAUACUGUAAGAAGUUGAUUGUGGUUUUAGGAAAAUGAUGUCUAUCUCAAUCUGCCUUACGCUCUGCUGCAAAUAGUGGAAAUUUCCGGCAUCUAUUAUUUAUUUCAUCGAUUUUCUGUCAUUUCUUCUUAUAAAAUCGUCGAUUCUCGACAGGUUUUUGAUAUAUUGUCUUUUCUUAAACAUGUUAUAUGUUUGUCACGUUAGAUUAAUUGAUAGUGAAGAGAUUGAAGCAUGUAUAUAUUAAUAGGGCAUCUACAUUAUUAUACAUUUAAAUACGUAAUUUUUACUUCCGUUGGGUGGUUUUAUAUUUCAAAAUUUAAUGUUUGUAUGCAGUGUGUUUUUAAUAACAUGCCAAUACUGAAGGGGGUGAUUCUUGGGCUGAUUUUAAGAAAAAAAAUCAUAUAAACCUAUGU